AUGGCAAAAUUUUCUCCGGUAAAGGCAAUCGGCCCAAUUAUACCGUCAAUGUACUUGGAUAAGAAGCUGUUAGAUGACACAGACUACGGUCUUAGUGUCUACAAGCCCGUGAGGGAAGCUUGUAUGGACUGGUUGAACAAAAGACAACCCGAAUCAGUCAUAUACGUGUCUUUUGGAAGCAUGGCCGUGCUCGAUGAAAAACAAACACAAGAACUAGCCUGGGGUCUGAAAUUGAGCAACAAGCACUUCUUGUGGGUUGUUAGAUCUUCCGAGCAAACGAAACUACCACAAGAAAUCACGCAAGACACGUCCGGGAAAGGACUAAUCGUGUCAUGGUGCUCCCAACUAGAUGUUCUAUCCCACGCGGCCAUAUGUUAUUUUCUGACACACUGUGGGUGGAAUUCGACAUUAGAGGCGCUAAGUUUGGGUGUCCCGAUGGUGGCAAUGCCACAAUGGACUGACCAGAGCACGAACUCUAAAUUCGUGAUGGACGUGUGGAAAAUGGGCGUUAGGGCCAUAAGUGAUGAUAAUGGGCUUGUUGGUCGAGAGACAAAUGCUAGUAGCAUAAGGGAAGUAUUGGAAGGGGAUAGAAAGGAGGAAAUAAAGAAAAAUGCUAUUAAGUGGAAGGAAUUGGUUCGGGAAGCUAUGGAUGAAGGUGGAAGUUCAGAUGAAAACAUCGAUGAGUUUGUGACAACUCUAAGUACCAACUCCUCGUCUGUCAUGGUUUUGGAGAAAAAUCGAAGGAAUCACUAG